CAUCCUUGUUUUUCCCUGCAGGUCACCACCAACCUGCUGACCAGAGGAGGCAAAGACAUCGCAUUUUCAGACUACACCCCUCUCUGGAAGCAUCACCGUCGCCUCGUCCACAACUCCUUCACUCUGUUCGGAGAAGGAACAACUCGACUGCAGGACAUCGACCAACUACUGACCCGCAAACUGCAGGAACACAAGUUAUCAAGAAGUGACGGAGACCCACGUGACCUCCUGGAUGCCUUGUUAAAGGGCCAGACUGGUGGGCAGGGUCAAAAAUCUUCGAAGCCAAAAGACGACGGGAUAACUGACGACCAUGUCCUGAUGACAGCGGCUGAGACUUUUGGAGCUGGAGUGGAGACAACAUCCACCACACUACUGUGGAUUCUGGCCUACCUGUUGCAUCACCCUGAGGUCCAGGAGCGCGUGCAGAAGGAGCUGGAUGAGCAUGUUGGCAGUGAGCGGACUGUGACCAUAUCAGACCGUGGUCAGCUGCCAUACCUGAACAGUGUCAUUAACGAGGGCAUGAGGAUCCGGCCAGUGAGUCCCGUGCUGAUCCCACACACCGCUAUGACCAACAGCAGCAUUGGAGGCCACAUUGUCAGCAAGGGGACACGUGUUUUGGUCAACAUGUGGUCGAUUCACCACGACCCCGAUCACUGGGACACACCUGAUUUGUUCAAACCAGAACGUUUUCUUGACCAACAUGGUCAGCAGGUCACACCCUCCUCUUUCCUUCCAUUUGGGGCAGGACCUCGAGUCUGCGUUGGCAAAUCACUGGCUAUCCUGGAGGUCUUCCUUUUCUUGUCCUCUCUGCUCCAGCGAAUGAGCUUCAGGGUGCCAAAUGGUGCUCCUCUGCCCAACUUGCAGGGACGGUUGGGUGUGGUGUUGCAGCCAUUGCCUUUUAAAGUUGUUGUUGUUCCCAGGGCUGGAUGGGAGGAUGGAGGAAAAUGACAGUGAGAGAGUGUGAGGCAGACAGUCAGGCUGGGUGAUGAGAAACAGAAACGUAAAUUGCUCAUUCCAUGUCAUUUCAUCACAUGCCUCCUACUGCCCAAAAUCCAAGCAAAAAAAAAAAAAA